AUGAUCGGAGCUACAAAGCGCUGGUUCCGCCGCAAUCGCAAGAGCUUAGCAAUCGGCGCCGGUGUCGUCGGUGUCGGCUAUCUUGCCGGUCAAUAUGUGCUGUCUAAAAUAUCAGAGGCGCGAGAGCGCAUGAGUAGUGAUAGAAUUGCAAAGGAAAACCUCCGGCGACGUUUCGAACAGAACCAGGCCGAUUGUACCUUUACCGUUCUCGCACUUCUUCCCACCGCAACUGAAAACAUUAUCGAGGCUCUCCCUGUCGAAGAUCUCACAAGCGAAUUGCAGAAAAAGCGAGCGGAGCGGCUGGCCAAGCUCAGCGGUUCAGACGUGUUGGGUUCCGAGCCAAGUUCUUCGACUGCACCUAGUGUUACUGAUGAGGAUGGAAGGAGUCUCUCCAGCUUUCAAGCUGAUAGCUACGUUCAUGCAAGCCAAAUGGCUGGAUCAGUAACCGAUACAGACACCCAGCGACCCGCACGCAGUAAGACGGAAUUGUGGAAUGAAGUCAAAAUAUCCUCCAUAACGAGAGCUAUCAUCUUGAUAUAUUCACUGUCAUUGUUGACGCUUCUCACCAGAAUCCAGCUUAACCUGCUCGGCAGGAGAAACUACCUCUCCAGCGUUGUAUCGCUCGCUUCCCCAUCUAAUGACGUAUCGACCAUUCGCCUUGAAGAUAAUGAUGAUGAAUUCAGCCAGGCUUUUGGUAACGAUUUCGAGACCAAUAGGCGCUAUUUAACAUUCAGCUGGUGGCUGUUACAUCGUGGUUGGAAGGGCUUGAUGGAAAAGGUCCGAACCGCUGUUGAGGAGGUUUUCGGGUCUCUCAACCCUCGAGAAGAUAUCACCCUCGUUAGAUUGUCAUCACUAAUCUUGGAUGUGCGUAAACGUGUCGAAGGCGCCACAGAAGAAGACCGAAGACUCACAAACUGGCUCCAAUAUUUAUUACCGUCAAAGGAAGACGAAGAUGUCGUACUGAAAGAGUCAGGCGUACUCAACCCAGACACCCCAUCGUCACCUCAAACUACCGCUAGUUUGCGGCAACUAUUAGACGAAACAUCAGAUCUCAUCGAGUCACCAUCUUUCAGCCGCAUCUUAACUUCAUUGAACAACGAAGGGUUUGCAAAUUUGAUUGAACAGAAAUGUGCAACAGCUGUGUUCAAAGCACAAACAAUACCUGAGCCAGCCACAGCAACAGCUUUGUCUUCGGCCGCAACUAUCGUUCCUUCACCAGCACCACCCAAAGCCAAGCUAGCGACUGUACUGGCUCUGAUUACGCGCGAAGCCCACGUUAUUGGUAAUGGUACGAAUUCCCCGAACGAGUACCUUGCAGCCAUGGAACAAAAUGUUCGUGAGUUAGAAGCUUUUGCAGCUGUAGUGUAUAGCUCCAACUUUGAACUCGGCCUUUUGCAUUCUGAGGACACAUCAACUGUACCGAAUACGGAUGCAUCGUCUAACCCACUUCGACCGACGGAUGCAAACGAAAAUCUCCAUGCUACUUCUGCAGAAGAUGAGAGGGACAACACACAUGGAGUCUAUUCGGCGUUUGAGAGGGUCUGGGGCAAGGCUGUUGGAAGUUCUGACUCGAGUGGCGCAGCAUGA